CCGCGCGGUGCGAGAAGACAGCUUGCGGAUCGCCCCCAAGUUAUGGAGGUGGCGACCCAGUGAGAAGGAAAAGCCACUUCGGGAGCCGGGUUGCGAGAGCGACGGUCCGCUGGAGCUCCAGACCGUAAGUGCAGCCUCUGCCCCGCUCAACGCCGCCGCUGUCACCCUACUUUGCCCGUGGCUGCCCUCCCGGGGGUCCGCACUGCGCCCCCCUCCCGCUCCAGCCUCGCCACUUUACAAAGUUCGUGCCCACGGCAGGGUGGAGCCAACUCUGCCCACUCAUUUGACUGAGUGCACCCACCCUAGGUGAGCAGACAACUUGACCUGUCCAGAGUGCUUGUGGUUAACCUUUAGGUGGGAGCUGAGUCGUGGAGGAGUACGGGCUCCCCACACCACCCACAGGCGCCCCCUGGGGUGCCGGGUUUCCUGACAAAGGCUGGUAGCCUGUAUGACAGUGCUCGGGACUGACUGGAAGCCAAGGGCUUCAACCCACCCCGUGAGAUAGGGCUGGCAGGAAAGGGUCUGCUGCUUUCUCUAGCCCUGCCCCCUCUUAUUUUGGUCCCUGGAUCAACCAUUAAGGCCUUGAGGCUGAGCAUCCUUCCCGGUGGUGGGGAGGGGAUCAUGACCGUCCUCCCUGGGGUCCUGACAGCCAGGUGCAGGCACAGCCUCCGGCUCUGAUCCUUCUCACAGCCUUUGGGAACGGUCCAUCUGUGUGUAGGGCAGGCCCAGAGCCAGGCUGUGGGAACAGCGGGGAGGAGGUGUGAGCACCGUGGAGGGACAGAUGGCUGGAGAUUCAGCCGGAGUCGGGCUGACUAAGGUGGAGCAGAAGGCAGCCAGGCUGGCAGCUCCUGGCUUGGAGCCGCUGAUUCUGAAUGCAUGGCCCUGAACUUGGUGUGUUUGGGCUUCUUGACCACAGUGCUUGGAUGGACUACAGUGAGGGGGGGCCCUACCCCAUGAAUAGAACUAUCUGAUCAUGUGAGCUAAAGCUGAGUUUCUGAGCCCAGUUCCUCUGAAUAACAGAAAAUCUCAUGCUCCUGUUUGUGGGGUUGAUCCCAGUAACUGUCACACCCGUCCCUCCUACCCUGAGGCCAGGAUGUGGCUUCAUUAUGUCUGGUUGGGUGUGUGCUUCCUCCCAGCGCUCAGAAACAGGAGGUUCCCAGGCAGCCACUCAGAGGAUGGGGCUAGCUGAAGACAAAGGGAGUGGUCACUGUGCCCUGGCACUGCCCUUGGAAGUUGCUGGAAGCUUUCAGAAACUUCUCAAGGCUGGGAUUCUCUCAUCUCCCGGAAACCCAAGGGACUGGCCUGAGAGAGUUCAGCCAUACCUGGCCAGAACGCACUUGGCUCCUGGCCCAGGAAGAGCUAACAGGAAGGAGAAGGCUGCAGCAAUGCCAGACUCUCCGGCUGAAGUGAAGACGCAGCCCCGGUCCACACCCCCCAGCAUGCCACCCCCACCUCCCACAGCAUCCCAGGGAGCCACACGACCACCCUCCUUCACACCUCACACACAUGGCGAGGAUGGACCUGCGACGUCUCUGCCCCACGGCCGUUUCCACGGCUGCUUAAAGUGGUCCAUGGUCUGUCUCUUGAUGAACGGCAGCAGCCACUCACCCACGGCCAUCCACGGUGCCCCUUCUACACCCAAUGGCUUCAGCAACGGCCCAGCCACCUCAUCCACCGCCUCGCUGUCCACACAGCACCUGCCCCCGGCGUGUGGAGCUCGGCAGCUCAGCAAGCUCAAGCGUUUCCUCACCACCCUGCAACAGUUUGGCAGUGACAUCUCUCCUGAGAUCGGGGAGCGCGUGCGCACACUGGUGCUGGGGCUGGUGAACUCAACCCUGACGAUCGAAGAAUUUCAUUCCAAGCUCCAAGAAGCCACCAACUUCCCUCUGCGGCCAUUCGUCAUCCCUUUUCUGAAGGCCAAUCUUCCACUGCUGCAGCGAGAGCUCCUGCACUGUGCCCGCCUGGCCAAGCAGACGCCUGCCCAGUACCUGGCCCAGCAUGAGCAACUGCUGCUGGAUGCCAGCGCCACCUCCCCAGUCGACUCUUCUGAGCUCCUGCUGGAAGUCAACGAGAAUGGCAAGAGGAGAACACCUGACAGGACCAAAGAGAAUGGGUCAGACCGGGACCCUCUGCACCCCGACCACCUCAGUAAGCGGUCCUGCACCCUGAACCCCGCCCAGCGCUGCAGCCCCAGCAAUGGGUUGCCCCACCCUACGCCGCCCCCACCCCCACACUAUCGCCUGGAGGACAUGGCCAUCGCUCACCACUUCCGGGACUCCUACCGACAUCCUGAUCCCCGAGAGCUGCGAGAACGCCAUCGGCCCCUUGGCAUGCCUGCGUCUCGACAAGAAGAAGUGAUUGACCACAGGCUCACAGAGCGUGAGUGGGCAGAAGAGUGGAAACACCUCAACAGUCUCCUGAACUGCAUCAUGGAUAUGGUGGAGAAGACUCGGCGAUCCCUCACCGUGCUGCGCCGGUGCCAGGAGGCCGACCGAGAGGAACUCAACCACUGGAUUCGGUGCUACAGUGACUCUGAGGAAGGGAAGAAAGGCCCCACCCCCACCUCUGCCCGGUCCCUCAACAGCUGCAAUGGUCCUGAGGGGUCUCAGUUAGAUGUUCACCGGGAUUUCAUGCCCAGGACCCUCUCUGGCUAUAUGCCUGAGGAGAUCUGGAGGAAAGCUGAAGAGGCCGUGAAUGAGGUGAAACGCCAGGCUAUGUCGGAGCUACAGAAAGCUGUGUCUGAUGCGGAGCGCAAAGCGCAUGAACUCAUCACCACAGAGCGUGCUAAGAUGGAACGAGCCCUGGCUGAGGCCAAGCGGCAGGCUUCGGAGGAUGCCCUGACUGUCAUCAACCAACAAGAGGACUCCAGCGAGAGCUGCUGGAACUGCGGGCGCAAGGCCAGCGAGACUUGUAGCGGCUGCAAUGCCGCACGCUACUGUGGGUCCUUCUGUCAACACAAGGAUUGGGAGAAGCAUCACCACGUGUGUGGCCAGAGUCUGCAGGGCCCCGCAGCUGCAGUGGCUGACCCACUGCCUGGACAGCCUGAUGCCACUGCCAGCCCCAGCGAAGCCGGCUCAGCGGGGCCCUCUCGCCCCUGCUCUCCAGGCCCACCAGGCCCACUGGAUGCUGCUGUGCCCCGCUGACCUCCAGAUCCGAUGACGCCCAGCCCAUGGACGCCAUGCCCUGCCAACCUCCUGGCCCCACCGUGGCCCACCAGAUGCCUGGAGCCGGUGUGUGGAGUCACUGCUGCUAUUGCUUCUCUCCAAAAGAAAUCACAGACCCAACGGAACUGCAUCCGUGCAGCCUCAGCUACCUGACACGGUCUGCCAGGACCUCUGCAGCCUCUCUUCGCAAGCGUCCUCAGAAACCACUGCGGAGCUACAGACAGUGGCACCUGUGGGUGCGAGUGUGGCCAGCUCUGCCGCUGU